AUGGAUCCUGCUUCAUCUUCGUCACUACUUCAAGUUGAUUGUCUUGAAGUAGACGAUGCGUUUGCUGAAUCCAUGAGCUUCGUGACGACCUACUUGAGAGCACGUGAGAGCGAUCGCAACGAUCGGAUUAUAAACGACCCUUUUGCCAAGCCACUUACCCGGAAGCAAAAGCCAAAAAUUGAAAAGUUUCUGGAAGAGAUGACGGUCAUAUUCUCCUCAUUUCCACCAGAUUUCAUUGCACUCCGUACGCGCUAUCUAGACGAAGCGCUGUGCCACCGUGAUCCAAAAAUACUUCAAAUCGUAAUUCUCGGCGCUGGACUUGAUGCCCGUGCCUACCGUUUGGCGUCAUUGCGAGGAUGUCAUGUUUUGGAAGUAGAUCGUAGUAGCUCUGUAUUUGAGCACAAGGCAGAAGUGAUUAAAGAGCUUCAUGCGCCACUUGUCGCUCAGAAUGUUGACAGUAUCGUCUCGGAUCUAGCUCAGGCGGGGUUAGAAACAAACUUGAUGGGUCACGGAUUCAACCCUACGAUGCCAACGUUUUGGGUGAUGGAGGGAUUGAUUCCGUACAUGGAGCGCUCCAGCAUCGCCGAUUUAAUGAAAGCGAUCGAGUAUCUCUCAGCCCCUGGAAGUGCAUUUUGGGCGGAUAUUCCUGGCCAAAUUAUGGUGGACGGUGAGGAAUGGGGAAAGCACGCUAUGAAGUAUGGAGAGGACGAGCCAUUACAAGGACUGCUAAGUGAAUUGUCAUGGACGCUGAAUGUGCAGGCAUCGUUGACGACAGCUGGAGAACAUUUCGGUCGCCAGUGGACGCCCGUCAUUUCUCCAAAGUCGGAGGAAGUGGUUCCGUAUUUCUUUGUUCUCGGCAAGAAGCCAAUUUCGGAUGCGGUAGUGGAACAAAAAGUUAUCGAUGGCCUCGAUUUCGACAUAUAG